CCAAAUUUAAAUACAAAGGAAACAAUUAAAAAGGGCUCUGACAACCACCCCGUGAAGUCGCUAACAAAAAGAAGUAAACUCAUCCCAAUGGUGGCAGGAGAGUCCCUCUCUCUCACAAGCAGUUUCUUUCAGUUCCCACAUCCACUUGUAGCGAAAAAACCAGCAAAUGGGCACCCUCAGUUUUUCUUUAUUUUCUUUGGUUCUGCUGAUCUCAGUCACUAGGCUGCUGGUGGAAGUAGAGUCGAAGACAUAUUGGGGCGAUAUAGAGGUUUUGAAGGAGUUUAAGACCGCGGUGGACCCAAACUCUGUGAGUCCAGGUUCUUGCUUGAGCGCAUGGGACUUCACUGUUGACCCAUGUGAUAAUUUAUUCAGUGAGAGAUUCGCUUGUGGGUUCAGGUGUGACAUUGUAGUGUCUGGUUCAAGCAGAGUCACUGAGCUCAGCCUUGACCAGGCGGGUUACUCGGGUACUCUCUCUUCCAUUACUUGGAACCUCCCUUAUUUGCAAACACUCGACCUUUCAAAUAAUUACUUCUAUGGUCAAAUCCCUAAGUCGUUAUCCAACUUGACUCAACUGAGGCGACUCGGUCUGUCAAGAAACUUGUUCUAUGGUGAGAUACCCACCUCGAUUGGCUCACUAAGUAGCCUGGAAGAGCUGUAUUUGGACAACAACAACCUCCAAGGCAAUAUUCCUGCAAGUUUCAAUGGUCUUGCUAGUUUAAAAAGGCUCCAGAUUCAAUCAAACAAGCUAAUUGGUGAGUUUCCCGAGUUGGGUCCACUUAAAAAUCUCAAGUAUUUUGAUGCAAGUGAUAAUGCCAUAUCAGGUGAUGUCCCAUUAGCAUUACCAGCAUCUUUAGUUCAACUCUCAAUGAGAAACAAUGGCUUACGAGGCAAAUUAGACCCUCAAAGCUUUAGAAGCUUGGCUUUUUUACAGGUACUUGAUUUGAGCCACAAUAACCUCAGUGACUCAGUCCCUUUACCUCUCUUCACUCACCCUUCGCUUCAACAACUCACCAUCUCAUUCAAUUUCUUCACGUCCGUGCAAUCCCCACCACUCCCUUUAACCACAACUCUCCAAAGUGCACUGGUAGCCAUUGAUUUAAGCAAUAAUGAACUCAGAGGUUCUUUGCCUUCUUUCAUGGCUUCAAUGCCGAAGCUCUCAGCUUUAUCCCUUGAAAACAACAAAUUUUCAGGGAUGAUACCGACCCAAUUUGCAAUGAAAACGGUUUCACCCGGAUCCGAAUUGUCUCCAUUCGAUAGGCUUUUUUUAGGAGGGAAUUACUUAUAUGGACCUAUACCGGGUCCUUUAAUGGAGCUCCAACCAGGUUUUGCUGAUGUAAGAUUGAAUGAUAAUUGUUUGUACCGCUGUCCAGUUAGUUUCUUUUUUUGUCGAGGCGGUGAUCAAAAAUCACAAGUCGAAUGUAAGAGUUUUAGCCCUUCGAUCCCAUGAAUGCAAUGCAAUGUCACUACGUUAGUUUUUGUUGAUAAUAAUAAUUAUUUGAUUUGGGUCUU